AUGGCCGAUGUCGCCAGGAAGCCGGUCAUUGAUCCGCCUGUGCCACCGCCACAUCGUGCAAAUUCGGCGCUUGACGAGCAAGUGCGCGUCAUUGAGCUGAAUGGCCAUGUGGGAUUCGACUCGAUGCCCCAUCAACUCGUGAAAAAAGCCAUCGAACAGGGAUUCCAAUUCAAUUUGAUGUGCGUGGGAGAGACGGGUAUCGGCAAAACGACGCUCAUCGAAUCGCUCUUCAACAUGAAGCUCGAAUUCGACGCCUGUGAUCAGGAGCUGAACACGGUCGAGCUGCGCAGUAAAACAUAUGAAGUCGUUGAGGGCGGAAUUCGUCUCAAAAUGACGAUCGUUGAAACGGCUGGAUUCGGUGAUCAAUUGGACAAAGACAAGAGUGCACAAGUCAUCGUUGGGCACAUAAACGAACAAUUCGAGAAGUACUUUAAAGAGGAACUAAAGGUUCGCCGAAUGCUCGCCUACUAUGAAGAUACGCGGAUUCACGCUUGUCUUUACUUUAUUUCACCAACUGGACAUGGACUAAAAGCGCUCGAUUUGGUGACCCUUCGUGAGCUGAGCAAGCGCGUGAACGUCAUCCCAGUUAUUGCGAAAAGCGACACCAUCAGCAAGGACGACUUGUCGCGCUACAAGACACGGAUUCUGUCCGAACUGGCGCAACAAAAGAUUGAAGUCUAUGAAUUCCCAACGUACGAUGAGACGGUUUCUGCAAUUAACGCCGAGAUGAACAAAUGCGUUCCGUUUGCGAUUGUUGGCAGUACCGAUUUCGUGCAAAAGGGAAAUGGAAAACCUGUUCGUGCGAGGCGCUACCCUUGGGGCAUCGUUGAAGUGGAGAAUGAGCAGCACUGCGACUUCGUGAAGCUACGUGAAGCGCUGCUUCGCACCAAUGUGGAUUCACUUCGCGAGCGCACUCACAUGGUUCUCUACGAGCAAUAUCGCCGUGAACGUCUGCGAUCGAUGAGCGUCGGUGAUGGUGACACUGGACCAAAGCUGGCGCAAGCUUGCAACCAGAAAAUCAGGGAAAUGCAAGCCGACACUGCACGCAAGGAGGCCGAGCUCCGUGAAGAUUUCAACCGCCGACUCACCAAGAAAGAAGAAGAGAUGCGCCGUGAAGAGGAGGCGCUAAAUGUGCGCGGCAACGAGAUUGAGGCUGACUUCGAGAGGCAAAUAAAGGCACUUGAAAUCGAAAUGAAGCAGCUGCAAGACGAGAAGGCGCGCCUCGAAUCGAAGACGCUGAAGAAGUACAAGAAA